AUGGCCGCCGCCAACUCCAACACCCGUUUGGUCGCCACCGCUGCCGCCGCCUUGCGCCCCCGGAGGCCGCGUCCGCCAGCGCUUCAGAGUCGGGCCCUCCUGGCCCAUUCAACAGGGAGCCGCCGCCGCCGCCGCCGCCGCGCCCAGGCAGCAGCGCGGCCCGAGGAGGGCGGAGACGCGGGGGUGGCCGAGGGCCGCACGGGGCAAGUCCGCAACCAGCCCGGGCAGGGAGGAGCGCGGUCAGGGCCGCCCCCAAGGCCCCAAGCUCGGGCCCUGGGCCGAGGGCACCUCCAUAUGGCCGCCGCCCCGGGCCUUGCGCCGGACCCCUCCUUCCUGCAGGCUGCGACAGGCGCGUGCCCGAGCUACGGGUCGCCAGCGGGGUCCGAGAAGGGCCGCGCGCGCCUCGCCCGACCCGGUCUGAGGCCUGAAACUGCCUCCGCCUCGCCUCCGCCUCCGCCGUCCCUGGCUGGAGGAAAUCCGCCGGCGCUCGCCCACCGCAGCGCUGAAGUUCUAGGUGCUUUCCUGCGCAGGAUUUUGGGGGAGCCUUCGCUUGGCUGGCCCGGGGAAUUGCGGAAGGCUCUGGCCAGAGCAGCGCCGGAACUUGGGGCGGGAAGAGGCGCAAGAGAGUCGCCAGCCUGGGCCAGGAGGGGCGGAGAGAGCCGGAGGAGCGGGCACAGCCCCAUCAAGGCGGAGGAGGUCAACCACACAGCUCCCUUCCACCUUGACCUGUGGUUCUACUUCACCCUGCAGAACUGGGUCCUGGACUUUGGCCGCCCCAUUGCUAUGCUGGUGUUCCCACUCCAGUGGUUUCCUCUCAACAAGCCCAGCGUUGGCGAUUACUUCCACAUGGCCUACAAUGUCAUCACGCCCUUCCUCCUGCUCAAGCUUAUCGAGCGGUCCUCCCGCACGCUGCCACGCUCCAUGAUCUAUGUGAGCAUCAUCACUUUCAUCAUGGGUGCCAGCAUCCACCUGGUGGGCGACUCUGUCAACCACCGGCUGCUCUUCAGUGGCUACCAGCACCACCUGUCUGUCCGCGAGAACCCCAUCAUCAAGAACCUUAAGCCGGAAACACUGAUUGACUCCUUUGAGCUGCUGUACUACUAUGACGAGUACCUGGGCCACUCCAUGUGGUACAUCCCCUUCUUCCUCAUCCUCGUCAUGUACUUCAGCGGCUGUUUCACCGCCUGCAAGGCCCAGAGCACCAUGCCCAGGGCUGCCCUGCUGCUGGUGGUGCCCAGUGGCCUGUACUACUGGUACCUGGUCACUGAGGGUCAGAUCUUCAUCCUCUUCAUCUUCACGUUCUUCACCAUGCUGGCGCUCGUCCUGCACCAGAAGCGCAGGCGCCUCUUCCUGGACAGCAAUGGCCUCUUCCUUUUCUACUCCUUUGCCCUCACCCUCUCGCUGGUGGCACUGUGGGUCGCCUGGCUAUGGAACGACCCCAUACUCAGGAAGAAGUACCCAGGUGUCAUCUAUGUCCCUGAGCCCUGGGCCUUCUACACUCUCCAUGUCAGCAGUGAGCACUAAGUCCCUGGCACCACCCCUGGUGGUCUGAGUGAUGAGACAGUCCUGGCGGCCAAGGUGGGCGCCACAGCUCGAGGUGUGCCCCAGGGACCGAAGACGUGGCAGCUGUGCCGUGCCUGAGAGAACUAGUUUGUGUGUGCAGAAGACUUGACAACCUUUGCCCAGUUUCUCUUUGGUUUGGCUCUUUGGGAGAUGGAAUUUUGUACUGGGAAGUGCACUGAGGCCAAGAUCUGGACCCUUCCUGGCCCCUGCUCCUGACUACGCUUGGGUCCCUGACCCCACUCCCAUUGCCUGGGCUGCCUGUCCCAUCUAGAUGUCUUCCAGAGGCCACACAGAGAUGCUUUGGGGGGACAGAAAACUGUCUCUGUUUCCGUCUGUCUUGACCCUGGACAAGCAGUUACCAGGCCACGCUGCCUUUCUCUGGGUGGUUAAACAGAACAUUUCUCUCUCUGGGCCUCAUCGGUCUUAGACAGGUUGGAGUGGCCCUGUGCGUAGUUCUGUCACUGCUUUCUCCAGCCUGGGAGGGGUAUGUGCACCUUAGGGCCUUGCCCAACCUCACCCCCAGGGAGCCAGAGGCCAGCUUCCUGCCAGCAGCAGCAGCCUGAGCACCAAGCCUCUCCCUGCUGUCCUGGCUCCCUCCUCCCUGGAGGGAUUGUGGCACCCACUUCCUGUUUGUUUGCAGCAAGGUUCUGAGUAGCCCUUGAAGGCAGAAUGCCUUACUGUGUUCCUUGAGGCCCAUUAUAGGAGCUACCCUGCCCCCACAGACCUUAGCCAUUCAGCUGCAUCUCCACCUGCAUAUGCUCCCUUCUGCUGAUGGCACCACCCCAGAAACAGGCCUCAUUCCCAGCACAGGGUCCCUGCCUUGGCCUCCCCGAUCACCAGCUGCCUCCUCUGGGCCCCUAUCCAGCACAAGCCACCAUGCAUGGCCUCACUGGGCCAUGAGACUUUGGGGCCUUCCCUGCCUUACCCCACCCCUGCCCCUCUUCUGUCCUCUCAGGGAACCCCAUCCCAGAUUCUCUUCUCCUUUUGGGGUCCUUCUAAAGCCCCUUAGGGGCCCUUUUGGCCCUGAUCAGUCCCCAUCUUGUGUCACCUUGGGUGGUGAGACAUGUGAAUAAAAGCAGGUACGAUGCCCA